AUGGUGAUAAGUUGGAUCCUAAAUUAUAUACACAAAAAUAUUGCAGAGUGCUUACUCUUCCUUCAAACUACAAGAGAAAUAUGGAUUGAACUGAAUCAUCGUUAUGAACAAGCUGAUGAUGCUUUACUCUAUCAGAUUCAACAACACCUAUACUCUAUGUCACAAGGAUUUGAAGAUUUUUCGACUUAUUUCACCGAAUUGAGUAAAAUUCGGGAUGAAAUAAGAAUCGUUCAAGCAAUUCCACCUUGCUCCUGCACAUCUGCUGCUGAAAUUCACAAGUUCUUAGAAGAUCAAAGACUCAUUCAAUUUUUGAUGGGACUUAAUGAGUCUUAUAAAAUUCUUCGUGGUCAGAUAUUAAUGAUGAAGCCAUUACCAACUGUGUCUACAGUUUAUUCAAUGAUCAUUCAAGAAGAAAGAAAAAGAGGUAUUACUACGUCUUCUUUUUUCAAUUUAGAUGUUGUUGUUAUGCAUAUUUCAAAUAAAACUUCUACAAACAAGAAACAAAUCUUUUGUAAUCAUUGUAAGAAGUCUGACUACACAAAAGCUCAGUGUUACAGGUUGGUUGGAUUCCCUGCAAACUUCAAAUUCACAAAAUCCAAAAGAGAAGAUCCUAAAGCUACAGUUCAAAAUGUCACCACCAUGUCUGCUCCUUCUAUUUCACCAGAACAAUAUGAACACUUGCUUCAACUGUUGAGUACUAACACUAUUAAUCAGUUAUCAUCAGUCAAUCAAAUUCAUUCCUCAAUCAUAGAAGGCUCUUUGAACAAUGGAGGACCCCUCAUUGAAGAAUAG